AUGGAAUGUAGAAAGCGCGGGUUACAAGCCGGAUCCACAGCCUUUGUAGAGGCGCUCGAAGAUCCGGGGAAAGUUCAAACGAUCAACCCAAGGCAUUACAGAUACGUCGUCUUUAUUUCAAUGAAGAUAUCCGACGCGCGCUACGCCGAAAAAGAUACGAGGUCGUCUCUGAAUGGGCGUGCUUACGAGAAGCGGAAACACUGCAAGAGUGUGACAGACAACCCCCCCUUGCAGUACGGUACCAAUGGCAAUGACCGCCCGUGGCCUGGCAAAGUGACGUGUGCUUCGAGAUUGGCCAAAGGUUCCUGGCAAGCGGCCGUUGCCGCACCUGCCAGCGAAUUAUCACUUGAACCGAAUGAAGAAGAGCCCCCGCCUUUCGAGGUGCAGAAUUGCGAGAAACAGUCGACCGUUCUAGCCGCUCUGGCAUAA